CAUCACGAGCCGUCGUACUAGCAGUGAACAGCAUCGGGUCCGAUUGAAACUGGAAGAAAUUCAAGCAAAUCAAUUCCAAUCAUCUCCAAAAUGAACGGACGUGGCGGCAGAGGCAGCAGAGACUUUGGCAGCAGCUGGGGAGGUGGCGGCGACAGGCGUGGCGGCUCUGGCAGCUACCGCAACAGCCAGCCCGGCGGCAACCUGCGCAAGCCGGACUGGGACCGCAUCCAGCUGCAGCCGUUCCAGAAGAACUUCUACCAAGAGCACCCGAACACAGCGAACCGGUCACCCGCGGAAGUGGACGCAUAUCGGCAGGCCAACGAGAUCACAGUGAAGGGCCGGGAGGUGUUCAAGCCCAUCCUGCACUUCGAGGAGGGCAACUUCCCCGACUACAUCCUCAAGGCCAUCCACGCACAAAACUACACCACGCCGACCUGCAUCCAAGCCCAGGGGUGGCCCAUCGCUCUCAGCGGCAAGGACUUCGUGGGCAUCGCCCAGACGGGUUCGGGCAAGACGCUCGGCUACAUCCUCCCUGCCAUUGUGCACAUCAACCACCAGCCAUACCUGCAGCGUGGGGACGGCCCCAUUGCUCUGGUUCUUGCACCAACACGUGAGCUCGCCCAGCAGAUCCAGCAGGUUGCCUCAGACUUCGGAAAGUUCUCUCGAGUGCGCAGCACCUGCGUCUUCGGUGGUGCGCCGAAGGGUCCCCAGCUUAGGGAUAUUGAAAGAGGUGUCGAGAUCUGCAUCGCCACGCCUGGCCGCCUCAUUGACUUCCUGGAGGCGGGCAAGGUGAACCUCCGGCGGUGCACGUACCUGGUUCUGGACGAGGCCGACCGCAUGUUGGACAUGGGCUUUGAGCCUCAGAUCCGCAAGAUCAUCGAGCAGAUCCGUCCGGACUGCCAGACCCUCAUGUGGAGCGCCACCUGGCCCAAGGAGGUUCGCUCCUUGGCCGAAGACUUCCUGAAGGAUUACAUCCAGAUCAACAUCGGUGCGCUGCAGCUGUGCGCCAACCACCGCAUCCUGCAGAUCAUUGACGUCUGCCAGGAGACCGAGAAAGAGGACAAGCUCAUGAAACUGCACCAGGAAAUUCUCAAUGAGAAAGAGAACAAGACCAUUGUGUUUGCGGAAACAAAGCGGAAAGUUGACGACCUGACCAGGAAGAUGCGCCGCUACGGCUGGCCAGCCAUCUGCAUUCACGGCGACAAGACUCAGCAGGAGCGUGACUGGGUGCUCAAUGAGUUCCGGUCUGGAAGGGCUCCCAUCCUGGUUGCGACUGAUGUGGCUGCACGGGGUCUCGAUGUCGACGACGUGCGGUUUGUGAUCAACUACGACUACCCCAACUGCUCGGAGGACUACAUCCACCGGAUUGGCCGGACGGCGCGUUCCAAUAAGACGGGCACCGCCUACACCUUCUUCACGCCCAACAACAGCCGGCAGGCGAAGGAGCUCAUCUCGGUCCUGCAGGAGGCCAACCAGGUCGUGAACCCCAAGCUCUACGAGAUCGCCAACAACCCCCGCUCCGGAGGAGGAUGGGGCGGCCGUGGAAGCCGCUGGCGUACAGGUGGCGGCGGAAGCUCGUGGAGGUAACUUCUGUUCCAUUCUUCAUUCCAGGCCGCUGGCGUUCAGGUGGCGGCGGCAGCUCGUGGAGAAACUCUGGCGGCGGCUCCAGCAACACACACACACAUUUUGCCAGCGGCGCCAACAGCGUUUCUCUUGGCUCUCGAGACAACCAGAUGAAUGGCUACGGCCAACAACAAAACAGCUACUACUCUGUCUAGGACACGGCCCUCUCUGGCCCCACACCUUAGGGCGUCAACAAAUUGCUAGGUUAUUUCUCAUUUUUCAACUGUGUUUCCACCUGCACCAAGAUGAUGCAUCCCAGCCACACACGUCAACCUUCUAGGGCAUGGGAGGGAUUUGAGGGCUGGGACAUUAACUGUUACCGGUGUUACUUUUUUUUUCGUUGCACCUGCUUUCAGUAUCUUGUAACCCUGUCAAGCGGCCAAAUUAAGAGCACUUACAGGGAGUGCACUUCGGGACCUUGAGUGACAUUAUAGGCUAUGCGGGGCUAAACUUGAAAACGGACCCACUCGUGCUAAAAAAAAACAAUGGCGACAGACUAAAGCCAUACUUUAUGAAGAUGUACAUUAAAAUAAAAAAACUUCUAAAAAGUGAUUGCAUUAGUUGUAUUAUAAAUAAAAAACAAUCCUAAUCUAUAUUCACUCAACCAAAAAUGGAAGUAUCUUUAUCAUAAGUGUUGCAAGUCAAGGCCGGCCAAGACAAAUGCCUAGCCAAUCCAGAACAAGAUGGUGGCAUGCAACGAGGCGGCAUUUGAUCCUGCUAGAACAGAAUAUGAGCGAGUUAUGCUCCGAUUAUUUUGUUAAAAACUGUUCAACGGCUAGAAUUAACUUCUAUGUCCCUUCUCUAUGCAUUACAUUUUGUACCGUUAAAACUGCUGGAGGCGAGGCUACGUACUCAACCAGCAAAGUGCGUUCCGUGAACGCACUCCUGCCGGAGUGCACUCUUCUGCGAGUACUCGGCUUGCAACGUUUAGAUUUGGGAGCGCACUUAAAACCGAGUGCACUCUCUGUAAGUGCACUUGCCUGCUUGACAGGGAUAUUAGGGUUCCUGUUUCAUGCCGCAGCCUAUGCCUUCUGUGUGUUCUCUGAAAUUUGUUUCGUUUCUUGUUUCAUUGUGAUAUUUGAAAAGAAAGGAAGCUAUGUUUAUUUUUAUGUACUCUGCAUUCCCCCUGCAACUUGUUUUACGUGUUAAUGAGAAUUUUUUUAAGUUAUUGUCGCUCAUCUUGCAUUUCAAAGCUGAUGUCUCGGGAACAAGUCCUUUUUCUUUCCUGGGUUUCCUAAGGCCCUAUUGUUUUGUUUUUUUACAUCUCAUUGUCUUGAGUGUUUGUCUGUGCAAGUGGUAUUGCGGAGGCUUGGAGGGUGAGCAUUAUUUUGUUCCAAAUAUUUCCCCUGAGAAGUCUUGUGGAAAACGAGGGUGCAUCGCUGUUAUUUAUCUCAACUUGCCACUCAUGUUUGAUUGUAUUUUGGGGACCUGCCAGUUUCGACGGCUCGUGAUAAGUGCGAAUGAGGCUGCUGGAGCUUACCAUCACAGCUACCAGUGUCCUUGUGGGGGCUCAAAAGUCAAGAUCUGGAGCUUCUGUUAAAAGUUGGAACAGUUAUUGGAGAAAAAUAAAUGCUAGUAAAAGACUCA